UGUUUGCUAAGUCUCACUGUGCCCGUUUUGGCCGUAGGUGACAACAAAAUGAUCAGUUUUUGUUAAACAAAAAUGCACAUUUAAGGAGAGUGUAAGCGUAGUAGGUUCUAUAUCGUGAAAAAUUAUGGCGAAUUCAUCUGAGGUAAACGAUUCGGAACCGUCAGGGGCGUCUGUAGGGCUCAUGGUAGCGACAUCAUUUCAAAUUAUAUUCGGCAUCAUGGGACUGGUAGGGAACUCUAUUUGCUUUGCUGUUUUACGACGCCAAUCUCGUAAGAAUCACACGAACUGGUUAAUCGUAAACCAGUGCUUUGCCGACAUCCUCACAUCUCUUGCUUUAAUAUUGGUCGUCAUCCAAUUGCACUGGUUUUCUCUACCACCAAAUCUCGGAUAUCUCGGCUCUCAACUCUACUGUCGUCUUCUGGAUUCACGGAUUCUCAUCUUCAGUGGCUUUGCGACGUCGUCUUUCAACCUGACUAUCAUAUCGGUUGAGCGUUACGUCGCGGUUGUACACCCAAUGCUCUAUGUGACGCGCGUCAAACGCAAAACAAUGUACGUGCUCGCGAUAACUGCGUGGUUGACUGCACCAACGUUACAGAUUGUUUUAGCCAGUACGCAGUUCGACUACCGCGAUGGACGUUGCGUCAUCAUCGACAGAGGGCCGGCGGUCGGUGUUGCGUUGUUUAUUUGGGAAUAUUUCAUCCCGGUUGUCAUCAUGGGGUUUUCUUUCUUCCGCAUUGCCGCACGGUUGUACUCUCUUAACCGCAUCUCCACCGAGGCGAUGCAGGACACCAACUCUUCAACCGCAGCGAACAGGAUACAACCGUCCAACGUGCCCACUGUGUCCGAAGCAACAUCGACCGCAAAUGUAUCAACGAACGGCUCUGGAAGUGGUCAAGCAGCAGUGAAUUCCACGACGCAGGCCUGCAGAAAUGUUCGACGACGCAACAUCACCAUAACGCUUUUCAUAAUCUACAUGACUUACCUGGUUUGCUGGACACCGAACCAGUUUAUCUUUUUGGCCUUCAAUUUUGGAGUUCUCCCAAACUACAUAGGCAGUACGGGGCAUAUCAUUACAACAGUCCUGGCUACACUGAACAUUUGCAUAAACCCAAUCGUAUAUGCAUUCAGGUAUAAGGCAUUUAAGAAAGGACUUAGAAAUGUUGUGCUUAGAUGUCUACACUUACAGGAAUAGAGGAGAGGAAGACAGUUUGACUUGUAGAGGUGUUGAGGUCCAGUGGACAAGUGUCCGAACAGUGAACAUGAAGGUACUGUCCUUUGGCAAGACAUUAAUCUUCCAUUAUUACAAUCCGUCGAGAUGAAGGAAAUGAGUAACUGGAAUAAAUUAAUUAAGAUGCUUGAGCGCUGUAAUGGCAGCCGUUUUAAAGCAGUUCGGUGUACAAAAUGUCAGAGGUAAAAAUGCCAGAGGUAAAACUGUCAGACGUAAAAAUGUAAGAGGCAAAAAUGUCAGAUACAAAAAUAUCAGAGGUGAAAAGACCAGAUGUGAAAAUAUCAGAGCUAAAAUUAUCAGAGCUGAAAAUUUCGGAGGUAAAUUUGUCAGGUGUUUUUACCAUAUCUGUCAAAUGUGUUACCUUGCACGUGGUUAAAGCCGGGAUAAUUAUAGCGGAGCGCCAGGAAUGAAACCGUGAUAGACAUGAGCGCUAUAUAAGAUUUCACUUAAAUGAUUACUUUCAUUAUGG